AUGGCUGAAUUGGCAGCUUUUAUAGCAGGCGUGAAGGAGGCAAGGGAUCUUGGCAUUGAUAAGCUUUGGAUUGAAAGUGACUCCGCUGCAAUGGUCGUUGCGAUACUAAGCUGCAAGAUCCCUUGGCAAGUCCUACAGAAAUGGUGGUCAAUUUCGCACUUUCUGGACUCAAUUCAAUGGAGACUUACCCACUGCUAUAGGGAAGCAAAUGCCCUGGCUGAUGCAUUAGCAAACUAUGCUGCUAGGCAGCAAUGUGACAGAAAAUGGACUUCAACGCCAGAUUUCAUUACUUCUAAGGUUGGCUAUGAUGCGUUAGGAAGGCCAUAUUACAGGUUUACGUGA